UUACCCUAACCCGUGGCCGAAACUUUACGGGUCUUGCGUCUCUCUCUCUCGGGCUCAAAUCCCUCUAGAAAGCCGAAGACUACUGGUCUACUGCAAAACCUGCAAUCGAUCAUUCUGUAAUUGGCGAGAAAGAGACGACGACGACGACUACAACUACUGAAGAUGAGGAAGCGCGAUUUAGCUAUUUUAAUGCUCUCAGCUUUCGCAAUUUUCUUCUCUCUUCAGCACGAAGGUGAUUUUUCGUUCAGGGAGGCGUGGUUCCAUCUUUCUGAUGAAUACCCAAUUAAGUACGAGGCAGAGCGUCUCCCGCCGCCCAUUGUUGCUGAUCUUAACGGAGAUGGAAAGAAAGAGAUUCUUGUGGCCACCCAUGACGCCAAAAUUCAGGUUUUGGAGCCUCAUGCUAGGCGUGUGGAUGAAGGGUUCAGUGAAGCACGUGUGCUUGUAGAGGUGACCCUGUUGCCUGACAAGAUCCGAAUUGCAUCAGGGAGACGUGCUGUAGCCAUGGCCACAGGAGUCAUUGACCGAACUUAUAAGCAGGGACAAGUACGGAAGCAGGUCCUAGUUGUUGUCACAUCAGGUUGGUCUGUGCUAUGUUUUGAUCACAACCUCAAAAAACUAUGGGAGACAAAUUUGCAGGAGGAUUUUCCACACAAUUCUCACCAUAGGGAGAUAUCUAUUUCAAUAAGUAAUUAUACCCUAAAGCAUGGGGAUGAAGGAUUGAUAAUUGUUGGCGGAAGGAUGGAAAUGCAGCCACAUAUGUACAUAGAUCCUUUUGAAGAAAUUGGGAUGGCAGAUAAAAAUGCUGAACAGCAUAGAAGAAGUGCUACUGAAAAGGAAGCUUCUGAGAAUUCUGGAACUGUGGAUUUACGACAUUUUGCAUUUUAUGCUUUUGCGGGUAGAAAUGGCGCUCUUCGAUGGAGCCGGAAGAAUGAGAAUAUUGAAGCACAUUCAUCAGAUGCGUCACAGUUAAUUCCGCAGCAUAACUACAAACUUGAUGUUCAUGCUUUGAACAGUCGUCGUCCUGGAGAGUUUGAAUGUAGGGAAUUCAGGGAAUCAAUUCUUGGAGUUAUGCCUCAUCACUGGGAUAGGCGAGAAGACACUUUGUUCAAACUGGCACAUUUCAGGCGGCAUAAAAGGAAGACUUUGAAGAGAACACCUGGGAAAACUACGAAUUACCCAUUCCACAAGCCUGAGGAAAACCAUCCUCCUGGGAAGGACUCAACAAAAAAAAUUUCAAACUUGAUUGGAAAAGCUGCAAAAUAUGCUGGUUCAGCAAAACCCAAGAAGCCAUUGCCUUACAUUCCAACCAUAACAAAUUACACUCAGCUUUGGUGGGUUCCUAAUGUUGUUGUCGCUCAUCAAAAGGAAGGGAUAGAAGCUCUUCAUUUGGCAUCUGGCCGCACUAUAUGCAAGCUUCAUCUUCAAGAAGGGGGCCUCCAUGCAGAUAUUAAUGGAGACGGAGUCCUAGAUCAUGUCCAGGUUGUAGGCGGCAAUGGCGCUGAGCAGACUGUGGUAAGUGGAUCCAUGGAAGUGCUGCGACCUUGUUGGGCUGUAGCAACCUCUGGUGUGCCUGUACGAGAACAACUUUUCAAUGCUACUAUAUGUCAUCAUUCCCAUUUCAAUUUCUUCCAACAUGGAGAAUUCUCCAGAACCUUCGGUCGAGCUUCAGAUGUAAGCUCUUUAGAGGUUGCAACACCUAUCCUUAUCCCAAGAGGUGACGGUCAUCGGCAUCGUAAGGGAAGCCAUGGUGAUGUUAUCUUCUUGACAAAUCGAGGGGAGGUGACAUCAUACUCGCCAGGCUUGCAUGGCCACGAUGCUGUUUGGCAAUGGCAGCUCUUGACAGGUGCCACUUGGUCAAACCUUCCUUCACCAUCAGGGAUGACGGAAGCGGGUGCAGUGGUCCCCACACUGAAAGCGUUCUCCUUGCGUGUGCAUGAUAACCAAGAAUUGAUCCUUGUAUCAGGGGACCAAGAAGCUGCAGUGCUAUCUCCUGGAGGAGUUAUACUAACUACCAUCAAUCUUCCCUUACCUCCCACCCAUGCCCUGAUAUGUGAGGACUUUUCGAAUGAUGGUCUGACCGACCUUAUUCUCGUUACCUCUAAUGGGGUGUAUGGCUAUGUUCAGACCAGGCAACCAGGUGCACUUUUCUUCAGCACACUAGUGGGUUGCCUUAUAAUUGUGAUGGGAGUAAUAUUCGUCUCCCAACACCUGAAUUCUAUCAAGGGAAAACCUCGAGCUUCAUCAGGUUAGCAUUGAAACAGUGGUUUUGCACGUUGUGGAUAGCAUUCUUCACUGAAGUGGUGUUGGAAAUGAGAUCGCCUGCGCUGAUGGAGCCUAAUAAUCGUGUUGAGGUGAGAGGGUCAUGGGGAUGUCCUUCAAAAUAGGGAACAUCACCAGUUUUUCUGUUGUGGAAGCUUAAUACAAAGUUCAUGGUUAUGAUCGGUACGGUAAACCCUUUGAAACUUCCUUCCCCGACUUCGUAGUUUGGGUAGCUGUUUCCAUAUUUACUAUUACUAUAUUAUAAGAGUCUUGAAUGUAGUAAUUCUUGAGCUAAAUGUUGGGGGAGGUUCCCAGGAUUUUGGAUUAACUUAUAGAAAUCUUUAUAGUCUGCCAAUGAAAUUUCUUUUCUAGUUCAUAAGCUCCCUCCAAAUGUUGUCCGUCUCUCAAAAUACUUGCUGAAAGUGAUUGUUUUACAUAGCCUCCUUGUAUCAAAUGAUGCAGCGUACUUUGUCUGGGAACACAUGCUUUUGUGUAUUGUUAUAAUUGACAUGGAGAAGUGUGAUAUAGUAGUA